GACUUUGAACCUUUUUGGUCUUGCUCUUUGAACAAAGUUACUAGUUACUAACAGUAACAAUAAGCGAAUAUCACGCGAUUUUGUAAAGUACAAAGCACAGGUUUUGUUAUAAGUUGCGUGUUAUGAUAUUUGAAAAUAGAACAAUAUAAGACUUUAUGUAAAUAAACACUUCUCAAAUCAAAAAUUUCAUUGGUAACAUGAUUUGUUUACAUGUCAUGUGUGACGCGUAAGCAUGUGAUCCACUUAUAUGUGAAUGAGGUUUCUGAAAACGAGGGGAAUUUCUUCCCGAUGUCUGUUCACUUGCCUGAGGAUGUCAGGUCCGUAUCGUGCUCGGUAUGCUAUUCUCUUUGUGCUGUUCUGCGCUAGUACUAUUAUUAUAUACUCCCUGGGAGCCGUGGCUGACAAGAUUUCGGACGUGCAUGUGUAUAUGCAAAGAUAUGUUGACUGUGAAUCGGAUGGUCACUUGCAGUUUAAACUUCUGAAACACGUUGGCUUUGAUACACGAUUGUCAGAUGACCCUGAAGUGUGCAUGAAUGUGACUCAGCUGAUCACCAGUAAAGGUUACCCUUGUGAAGAACACAGAGUUACAACAGAAGAUGGUUAUAUUCUGGGAGUUCAGAGGAUCCCCCGGGGAAGGAAGAAAUAUCCUAUUGUGUCUACCAGACCAGUGGUGUUCCUCCAGCAUGGUCUGCUAGCCUCUGCCACAAACUGGGUCACCAACUUGGCUAAUGAAAGUUUUGGUUUUCUGUUAGCAGACGCAGGCUUUGAUGUGUGGCUCGGGAAUUCAAGGGGAAACACGUACUCAAGAAAUCAUGUUAAGUUGUCUCCUAAAGAAGAUGCAUUCUGGGAAUGGAGUUGGGAUGAAAUGGCAAAGUAUGAUACACCGGCUGUUCUUGAGUACAUCCUAAAGAAGACAGGAAAACAACAGCUCUACUACAUAGGCCAUUCUCAGGGAACACUGCAAGCAUUCACUGCUUUCUCACAAAAUCCAGCACUUGCUAAAAAGGUCAAGCAGUUCUUUGCCAUGGGACCUGUGGCAACCAUAGCACACAUUGAGAGUCCAAUCAAAUAUCUAGCCAUAUUUACAGAUGAGCUUUUGUAUGGUUUGCUUGGGCGCCGAGAUUUCCUUCCAAAUGAUUGGAUAUUCAAGGUACUGGGGAGCACGCUUUGUAAGGAGAAAAUCACAAGCAUCAUAUGUACCAAUGUCAUUUUCCUGCUGGCAGGAUAUGACACCAGCAACCUUAAUACAACACGCCUUCCUGUGUACAUAUCGCAUGCCCCAGCAGGAACUUCUAUGCAAGAUAUGGUCCACUUCGCACAGAUGUCCAGGAGUGGGCUUUUCCAGGCUUAUGACUGGGGGUCACCUGAUAAAAACAGGAUUCAUUAUCACCAGGCCACGCCCCCUGUAUAUAAUGUAUCUACAAUGACCACUCCCACAGUGCUAUACUGGGCCAAGAAUGAUUGGCUGGCUGAUCCCAAGGAUGUCGCAAAUCUGCAGCAGAAAAUAGUCAACUUAAAAGGCAGUUUUGAAUUGAAGUCCUGGAAUCACCUAGAUUUUAUCUGGGGUGUUGAUGCAGCCACUCUCGUCUACAAACCCAUUAUAAAUCUAAUCAUUAAAGAUCUCUACAGCUGAUACAAAUACAUUUAAAGAAACAAAUUUGAAUUUUGAAAAUACAUCUAACUAUUCUAAUUAAUAAUUUCAUUUUACAAAUGACAUUACAUACUCAACAUCUUUUUAAAAUGCUUUGUAUUAUUCAUGUAAUAACGUAUUAUAACGUGAAUGUUUGCCACAGGUAUUUAUGGGUUAUAUUCUGUAAAAACCUGUAAACAGUUGUAAAAAGAUAUUAAAAAUAAAAAUGUCUAAAAGCUAUCGUAUAAUCAAAUACGGAUCUGAUUUAUUUUGACACCUCGCGUACAUAUUUUGUAUAAUAAUGUUAAAUUCAAUAUAUAUGCAGCAAUCUUUGUUGUACUGAUGUAAUGAGCAGGUGCUCUAAUGCAAAAUAUUUUUCACUGACAGAGAUCUGGAUGGUGUGUGUGAAUCACGUUUCUCAUGAUAUUCUAUAAAAGCGUGUGUUCAAUUUCUGAGCGUAUUACAGUGUACAUUAACCUUAUACUACCAGCAAAUACGUGUAUUUUGUUUGCUAUCUAACUACAUGAUCUAAUUUUUGUACAUCAAAUGUUGGGUAGAAGAACAUAGUUUAAUAUGAUUUAUAGGUUUUUUCCUUUAUAUUAUACAUGUAGUAUAAAAGGAUUGGGAAAAAAAACAACUAACAAUAAAAUUUUAAAAUACAGAA